CUCGCCAUCCCUGCUCCUCUUCUGUAGGUCUCCCCACUUCAUCCAACCUUAUUCUCCCGGUCUCCUUCAGUGAUCCCAGAAUAGCCGCACACCGGACGCACUCUCUACCACAAUAGUGGGGGGGUUUGGAUUUCGGGGUGACUUGAGAGACGCCGGAGAUGGAUUAAAGGGACUGUGCACCGCAAAACUGGAGCAGCACGCACGACCACGCCGGGGGGGAAGGGGGCGACGGGACUCGGUGAAUUCGCGAAGCCCCCGGGAGAGAGGCUGUGACUGGUCCCACCCCAAGAUGACAUCCCCCAAAAACAAAGCCAAGAAAAAACCACCUAAAGACAGCAUGACGCUGCUGCCGUGCUUUUAUUUUGUAGAGCUACCCAUAGUCCUGUCCUCCUUGGUGUCCCUGUACUUCCUGGAGCUGACAGAUGUGCUGGCCCCGGCAAUGGUGGGCUUCCGUUGCCAUGACCGCGACCUCUCCAUGCCCUACGUGGAGACCGGCGAUGAGCUCAUACCGCUGUUGAUGCUGCUGAGUUUGGCCUUCGCUGGUCCUGCAGCGUCCAUCAUGAUGGGGGAGGGCCUCAUGUACUGUAUGCAAUCUAAACUGAAGACAUGUCCCAAGUCGGAGAGCAGCAUUAAUGCUGGAGGCUGCAGCUUCAACUCCUUCCUACGCAGAACCGUACGCUUCGUUGGUGUUCAUGUGUUUGGUCUCCUGGCAACAGCCCUUGUGACAGAUGUCAUCCAGUUAGCUACUGGUUACCACACCCCUUUCUUUCUUACCGUCUGCCAGCCCAAUUACACAGCUCCGGGAGUGUCAUGUGACAACCACGCCUACAUCACACGAGACAUCUGCAUGGGGAAAGACCAGUAUGCCAUCAUGUCAGCAAGGAAAACAUUUCCAUCCCAGCAUGCAACGCUCUCUGGCUUCGCUGCUGUCUAUAUCUCCAUGUAUUUCAAUGCCAGCAUCAGCAGCACGACCAAGCUGCUUAAGCCGUUGCUGGUGUUUGCUUUCUGCAUGGCAGCAGGCCUCGCUGGGCUGACGCAGAUAACUCAGCACCGCAGUCACCCAAUAGAUGUCUACGUGGGGUACCUCAUAGGAGCCGGCAUCGGAGUGUACCUGGCUGUGUACGCAGUGGGAAACUUCAAAGCAUCAGAAGAAGACGCUCACUCUUUACAAAGACUGACCCCAGCUCAGCAGAAGGACGGCCUGAGGGUGCUGAGUCAGCGGAGUCAUGACUCCCUGUACAGGAAGACUCCCAGGGUGUCUGAGAGCAGAGAGGAGCUGGGGGUGGGGCUGGGGUCCGGGGCCCGCAGUAAGGUGAGGAGGGAGAAGGCCUCUCUGGCCUCCCUGAAACGAGCAAGUGCUGAUGUGGAGCUCCUGGCAACCCGUGGUCCCAUGGGCAAGGAAACCAUGGUAACCUUCAGCAACACUUUGCCCCGUGUCGCAAACGGCAACAGCCCCAUUUCACCCUCAGAUGAGCUGCCUACCACACAGCGUCACAUGACCUUCCAUGUGCCCUUUGACCCUCAGAGGUCUCGACAGCUGGUGUCAGAGUGGAAGCAGCGCUCGCUGGAGCUCCGCAGCCAGAGCUCACGAGAUGAGGAGGAGGGAAUGGACGGUGGAGAUGGAGGAAAUGAAGCAGGAGAAGGAGACCAGGAGAUGCCUUCCUCUCUUUAUCCCACAGUGCAGGCCAACAAGGGCAUUGCCACACCGACUGGAGCCAGGAUGGUGGUGGCACCGCCACUCGUUCACAUCCCUGAGGAGGCCUCUCGGCCGCCACCUGUCUCCCCCAAGAGUGCCAAGACUCGCGCCAAGUGGCUGUCACUAACCGAGGGAGGAGGGGUGAAAGAGCCUGGAACAGGACCCAUUGCGGUGUCCACUCCCCGUGUGCCCAACACGCAGCCCAACCAGCCACCCAGUCAGCAAAGAGUCACUCAGGUGAUAGCCAUGUCUAAGCAACAGGGUCAUGGACCCAUCACUUCCUCCACUACUAAGACAUCAGAAGGUGGCUCCUCCUCCGGCGGUGGGUCCAACUGCUCCGAGUCGCCCUAUUACCGGAUCCCAUCUGAUCGAGACAGCUGCACUGGGAGCAACCCAGGGAGCAUCGCCGGAAGUGGGAGCAUCGUCACCAUCGACGCUCAUGCCCCUCACCACCCGGUGGUGCGUGUGUCAGCCAAUAACGGCAAACCGUGGGAGUGGAGAAACACCAUCAGUGGUAACAUGAUGACUGCCGACAUGGCAGGGGACAAACACCGUGUAGCGCUACAGCGACAGGACAAUGUCAGUCACUACCGGGAUUACCGGACACUCCCAGUGAAAACAGACUCGCUCUGCUCCUCCGGCGGCAGCGUAGAAGGAGGAGCGGAUCUGCCUCCCCCACCUCUCCCGACCUCCUCCUCCCCCCUGCCUCCCCCUCCUCAGCUGUUGUCAUCCCCUCUACCGCCACCUCCUCCUCACUCGUCUUCUUCCCCCUUGCCUCCCCCUCCACACUCGAGCUCCUCUCCAAUGCCUCCUCCUCUCCCUCACCCUGCCUCCUCUCACAUGCCUGCACCUCCUCACCUGUCCUCUCAGAUGCCCCCACCACCCCUGCCAUCUUCCUCUCAAAUGCCUCCACCUCCACCCAUCCUCCUGUCAAAUGCCCCCACCUCCUCACCCAUCCUCCUGCCAAAUGCCCCCACCUCCACAUCCAUCCUCUUCUCCUUUGCCACCUCCACCUCACCCCUCAUCCUCCAUGCCUCCACCUCCUCACCCGUCCUGCUCCAGCAUGCUCCCCCCUCCUCCCCAUCCCGACUUACUGAUGGACGGCCACAGCCAGGCACUGUCCCGCUCCUCCACCCUGCCUCGUCGGCCCUCUGUCUCCGCCCGCAGCCACGCUGAGCAGGAGCACUACUACAAGGCCAUGCAGAA